UACAGUUACACACUUGUAUAGGAAGUAUAUACAAAAUGAACGAUGAGGAGAGCCCUGUAUGUUGCUAUAAACGGAAGAAGGCACUUGAAAAGAUGCUGGAAUGGUACUAUAAGGAUCCUCGGGGAUACACAUACGGUCCCGUUGAUACAUUUCGAGUGGUGUACUUCAUUUACUCGAAUUAUUUCGAGGAGACCACGCCAUUCGCGCCAUGUAGUCACGGACGCAUGACGCAGUCGGGGUUCCAAAGGCUUAAAAUGCAUCUACCCUUACUACAAAAGGACUUCCUAGACAACUGUGACGAGGUGUUUGCAUGCUCGCAUUACAUGGACCGCUUAGUCCAGGGUCCUGAAACUACGGAUACCUCAAUUCCAUGCUUACCCGUGUCGCCCAGACGUAGUACGUCAUCAAAUGUAAUACAUAUCCCGGGUUUGGGGAGCAAUAUCGAGCCAAAGAGCUCUGUGGAAGCUGUAAACGCAUCGGAUAAUCGCUCCUAUAUGCACAGGUCACGAUCUCAGAGUCCGGGGUACCAUCGGAGUAAAUCGUCAAGUGCGGUGACCAUCAGGACCAUGACGCCAGACUACCCCUAUCCUAGCUCAGAGGGAGAGGGUCAAGAAGACGUCAUUUACCACUCCAUAACACCUGCACUGCACCAGUUGAGCAUUGCUACCAUGGAGGCGCCAAAUAGCGACAAUUACAGCAGGAACUAUGAGAGUGCAUAUUCAGACGAGCAUGUAUCAACGGUACAUGAACAGCUUCAUGCCGAUGUAGCCAUACCCGUAAGGCUGACUUCUAUGCCAGCAGAGUCGUCCAAUAACGGCAUGCUAUCAGAGGAGCACGUGAUAUUGCGAGAUUAUCAAACCGCAGUAUCGUUCGAUAAGGACUUCCCUACGCUCAACUUUACACAUUCCUACGCCACACCGGAUGCAACGCCAGUGGAUAAUAAAGAAGAAUCAGUACAGAUCUUCCUCCUUGACCCCAAGUCAUCGGGUAGCGAUGAAAGCGCUGACAUACCGGAUGUAACCAAGGGUUUGCCCACGUCUACCUACUAUACCAUGAACGACAGUGAUAUCGAUUCAAAGAUUAAUGAAUCACAGCAACCAGUUGGAAAUGAUACCAGCAAUACAGAAAUACCAUCAAAAUCAGAGGGCAAUAGUCUGUUCCAAUUGAGUCGGGAUGACACUUAUCAGGAUGUAGCGAACUAUUCCAUCGAUGCGGCACGCGACCAUUCGCUGGGAUAUGUAGUACGCAACCAUGUCAAUAACCGAGACAAUAUAAUGCCUGACGGAGGAUACACUACAGAAGAAGCCUCAAUUGACCAUCUAGAGCUAAUACGUCGUAAGGCAGUAUCCAUGACAGGAGCCCAAAACAAACACAAUAGGAUUAUGCUAAACAAUCGUAGUGCGGAUAAUGUUGGCUGCAACGCGGAGAAAAACAUCCACCAUGGGAAUUACAAUUUAAUGCAUAUAUCACAAAACAGUUUAGGCGACUUGGAUCAGCAGCCAUAUAUACCUGGCAGCAACCUAGACGAACACAAUAUAUUCCAAACGGAUGUUCCCGCGGGGCAUAACGUGGUACGAAACGUAAAGGAAUACCCAAGGCUGAUGACGCCAUUGCCAGUACCUAAAAGACAUACAAAUUUUGAACGGACGUCCCAACAUACCGCUACGUUUCCAUUGUCUAUAGAUGAGACACCCAUUAAAUCGGCAUCGUAUGAUCCCGUUAACGAUCGUAAUUACUACCAAACUACACUGACACCAAUUGCAUUACCCACCCCCAAGAUGUCCGAUGUGAAUGCAAACCCGUUAUCGUCGCUACGAAGACAAAUAUUAAAAGCUGAACCGAUGAACAUCUAUGAGCACCCAGGUGAUACGCAGUUGAAUAGAUGGCAAUCACACCACCCGGGGGCACCCAAUGACCUGGAGAGUAAUACCCAAUUUGUAAAACAAAACAGAUGGCACUCUGAUGCCGAAGGCGUACUCCUUCAACCACACUAUAAACCAGGACUACAAUCGUCAAUGGGAAUACCAACCAGGGCUAAAAUAACUACGCAACUGUAUAGUAAUUCAAGCACAAACAUCGCAGAUGAACAGAGCAAUAAUGCAAUGCUACAGGCACAACAGAUGCUGAUCAAGCAACGUCUGCAAAGUAAUCUCAGGGAGACGCAAGCGCACCUAUCCAGGAUUGCAUCCAGGAAGGUAAGCCACCUGUUUAGCUCAUCACAGGGCGAUCUCUAUGUAUCACAACAAAGACACUCCACGUAAAACAUUAGGUAUGAUCACGUUCAUA